AUGAAUAAUUACGAAGAAGAGGAAACUCCUCCAUUUCUGAACCAAAUGCUCCGACAAACCGCCAGUGACGGUUUUGGUCCUUCGGCCGAAGUUCCAAUUUCUCAAGACAAUACAGACAAUGGCGCAGACCUUAAUCCCUACCGCGCACCCUCAGAGGCCUCUCAGCAAUCUCAGCAAUCGAGGCAGACUAAGCACGCCAUGUCCACCACCGUUCCGCUCACCUACGAAGAAGCAUGCCGAGAAUUGAAGGCAUAUUGUGAAGAAAAUAUUCGAGAUGGAUGUGGGCUUUCAGAGCGCGAGAUUAACGUGAUCGCAUAUGAUGAAAUCAGCGGCGAAACAAGUCACCACACGAUCUUGUUAACUCUCAAUCUAGAUCUGAAGGAUUUAAUCUAUGGAUUGCAGAAGCUUAUCGACCACCGCGAGCUUGACCCUAAUUCUAUCCACAGAGGCAAGGGCAAGUAUUUGAUUAGGCGUAUCGACGUUCGUUGUGGUAAGCGUGAUAUGGACGGGUUUCUACCAGCUAUUGAAGGCGUUGUGACCGAUGCAACCUCUCACACUUCGCUCAAUAUGCCAAAUCCAUCUGCACAAUGGGUAACCUGGAAUUGCACCAGUGGUGGUCCAAUGAACGACUAUUGGGACCUGUAUCGCACCGCUAUACAGCUUGGCGUUGCAGGAAACAUUCCUGUUUUGAGACUUCAUACUGUCAAGUGCGGAGACACCUACGAUAUUAAAGACAUCGGCCAUAUCUUUGAUGCUGACGGCUCCAGACACCAAAGAGUCAGACGUUUCUCAGGUGGUAAGCCACCAGGCGGCGGUAUCUUCGAAAAGGCAACAUCUACAAAUGGGGUAUCGAGUGGAUUGAACCCUAUCGCAUCUGCGUUCAAGUUUGGUGCAACUUUUGAUGAAAUUGUCGACGCUUCGAAUACUCUAUUACCUACAACAGAUUACAAGGGCAAGGGCAAGGCAGUCGAGAUACAAAGUUCUAACAACAGCGGCCUAUUGCAUGAAAGCGAAUACAUAGAUGCGAGUAGGAAGGUCACCGUUGAUACCACUGCAACAGAGUGGAAGAAAGCUCCUAUUCCUGACUGGGAUAGCUUGACUCCCGCUAUCAAUCACAAUCCCGGUGGAUACCAAGCGAAGCCAACUUCUUGGACAUACUGGCAACGAAUUGGCGGUGAUCCGGAAACACACAAACAGUUCCCUCUAGGCCAUAUCCCCUACCCCGUGUCAUCAGAUAUUGACCACUGCGAUUUUCUUCCAGGAGAGCCAAUUGACAUGAAAUCUUCAAUUUCUUCUGCGAUGAAAGCAAUUGCGAAAAAUGAGAAGCCAGUUAUGCCAAAACUGAGUGCUCAAGAACAGGCAAUUCUCGAUGAUAUCGCAAACCAGACAAGAAAGGAGUUUAAUAAAGCCAGAGGUUUUGAUCAGGAAGAUGAUGAUCUUUUUAUUCCAACUGCCAAUCCAAACUGGAAUCCCAAUGGCUCCAAGGAUCAGCUUACGAGGGACAGAGAAGUUGCAUCGGGUAUGACCAGCAUGGCCAGCAUUCCCACAAGAUAUCAAACCCAAGCAGCCAUUUCUGAGACUAGGCAAGGACCACCAUCUUAUGUCGCCGCAUACUACAAUCGCCCAACACAGCAAAAUACAAUGGCUGGUAAUAUGGCUGGUACUUCUCCAAGUACAAUGUCUGGUACAGAUUCUUCUGCUAUAUUUGCAUCACCACAUGCCACCCAGAGCAAAUCUACAUUCCCAUCCGGUGGUCGGGCAAGACCUUUCACACCCAGUCAGAUGACGUCGUUUCAAGCAUUGAACGCUGGAAGUAGACCUAGCACACCUACCCUUCGGUAUGGUGGUAGUACUAGCUCGUUUGCAAUGCCAAGCACAAGUAUUGGUUUUAAUGCCCCUCCUAACACCAUCUCUCGCAGCCGACCAUCCUCGCCUGCAAAUUUGAGUCAGAUCACAGACCAGCUGUUCAACUUGAAUAUGACCAACCCCCAGGGACAAUUGCGCAGUCACAACAAUCAAUUGAUUGUUCCCAAUUCUCGAUCAUAUGCCGCAGAACUCGGAGCCAAUCAAAAUACCUCGUCUGCUCAGGGUCUUGGUAAUCUUUCACAGAAUUCUGAAUGGAACUUCACCCAGGAAGGGACCAAGUAUCCCUUUGGAUACAAUUUUGAGUUUGGUGGCAAUGGAGGCAAUGGAAGCACCGGAGGAAUCUGA